AUGCUGAAAACGCCCGCCGGAAUGAUCAAAAUCGACGAGGCUCCACGUCAAGCUUUCGACGGCGGCGAUUGCUUGUGGGCUCACCUUGUGCCCUUCACCGACAACGCACAUGUGCCGCACCACCGAGGCUUGGAAGACGCAUCCGACGACAUCCCGGAGACGCAGGUCGGCCAGUCGCCCAAGUGGACAGCAGCGGGUGCACCGACUCAAGAAGGCACUGCUUUAAGGUUCGAAAACAACGCUUGA